AAGAAGUGGUUUGGGCUGUGCAAUUACCAAGGAGGGUUGCAGAGAGGAAAAAAAGAAGUAAAGUAGUCGUUUGCACAUUUGAACAAAAUCUAUGAACAUUUCUGGAUCAAUCGACUGAAGACAUUUGAAAAUCUGUUGGUGGUAUUGGAAUUCUGUGAUCUCAGCGGCUUUCGAAAGAAGACAGCUAUUUGAACUGUGAAAGUUGAUGUGCUUUACUGUUAGCUCCAACCAACAAGCUACGUGCAGCUGUGAAAAAAUACUUUGCUUGCCGCUAGAUAGUGAACGCCACACGGAGCUGGGAAGACUUUUGCUGGCUCCGUUCUUGUCAAGGGGCUUGCUUAUGAAUUAACGUUAUGUCUGCCACAAGCAUUGACUCUCAGAGACCAAAGGGACAGGCAUCUAAAGUACAGAAUGGCUCUCUCCAUCAGAAGGAUGCUGUGCAUGACAGUGACUUUGAACCGUACCUGCCUGGCCAAUCUAAUCAGAGUAACAGUUACCAGUCCAUGACCGACCCUUACCUCUCCAGCUACUACGCCCCGUCCAUUGGCUUCCCGUACCCGCUGAGCGAGGCGCCCUGGUCCACCGGCGGCGACCCCCCCAUCCCCUACCUGACCCCCUACGGCCCCCUCAGCAAUGGCGACCACCACUUCCUGCACGGGGGCGACACGGUGUUUGGGCAGCCCGGCGCGGCCGCCGCGGCAGGCCUGGGCAGCAGCAUCUACCCGCCGCACCGCUUCAACUUCUUCCCGGAGAACCCCGCCUUCUCGGCCUGGGGCACCAGCCCCGCGGGAGGGGCGUCCCAGACGGGGCAGACCCAGAGCUCGGCGGCGGCUGCGUACGGCGGGAGCUACAGCUACCCGCCGAGCUCUCUGGGCGGGACGCUGGUGGCCGACGGGCAGAGCGGUUUCCACAGCGAGACGCUGAGCAAAGCGCCGGGCAUGAACAGCCUGGAGCAGGGCAUGAUCGGACUGAAGAUCGGGGCGGGGGAUGGGAUGGGGUCCUCGGUGGGCGGGGGAGGGGGUGUGAAGGCGGUGGGGUCCGUGAUCGGCGGCGGCGGCAUCGGCGGUGGUCCCUCUGUUACCGCCGGCAACAACGGAACUCCCAUCGGUAUGCCGCCGCUGUCAUCCAAGCCCACCUCGUGGGCGGCCAUCGCCAGCAAGCCGGCCAAGCCGCAGCAGCUGAAGCCCAAGAGCAAGGCCGGCAUCAUAGCUCUAGGGGGCGCCCUGCCACCCCCGCCCAUCAAACACAAUAUGGACAUCGGCACCUGGGACAACAAGGGGCCCGUGGCUAAAGUGGCGUCGCCCCCCCACCAGGAGCUGCAGCAGCCCCCAUAUAACCACCACCAGCACCAGCACCAACACCUGCCGUCCCACCCCCAUCACCACCCCCACUCCCACCUCCCCCCGCACCACCACCAUCAGCAUCAGCAUCAGCACCAGCACCAUCACCCGGAGCAACAGCAUCAGCAGCAUCAUCAGCAGCAUCAGCAUCAGCACCAGGCUCCGCAGCCCAUGCCCAACUCCCACUCCCACUCCCUAUCCAUGCAGCCCCCGAUCCAGCAGCCCCAGCUGCAGCCGCCCCCUCCCCAGUCCAUGGUGCAGCCCCAGAUGCCCCCUCUAACCAUGCCCCCACCGCCCCAACACACUCACACACACACACACCAGCCCCCCAUGCAACCCCCUCCCCAACCGUACCAGAACCACACCCAGCCCCCGCUGCCCCAGAACCGGUGGAUCGCCCCCCGGAACCGCAACCCGGCCUACGGCAGUGGGGGGCUGGAGGGCGGUCCCCUGCAGCUGGGCGGGGGGGUUCUGGGUGGCGGAGGUGGGGUGGGUGUGUUUGGUUCUGGCGGCGGUGUUGGUGUCGGUGGUGUACCCGGGUCGGGCGGACCCGGCACUGGACCUGACCUGCUCCCGCACCCCGUCCUGGAGAAGCUACGCUCCACGCACGCCUAUAACCCCAAGGAGUUUGACUGGAACCUGCGCGGCGGCGGCCGUGUCUUCAUCAUCAAGAGCUACUCGGAGGACGACGUGCACCGCUCCAUCAAGUACUCCAUCUGGUGCAGCACCGAGCACGGCAACAAGAGGCUCGACGCCGCCUUCCGCUCGCUCGCCAACGCCGGCGCCAAUGGCAACGCCAAGGGCCCACUGUACCUGCUCUUCAGCGUGAACGGCAGCGGGCACUUCUGUGGCGUGGCCCAGAUGCGCUCCCCGGUGGACUACAGCACCAGUGCGGGCGUGUGGGCGCAGGACAAGUGGAAGGGCAAGUUUGACGUGGACUGGCUGUUCGUCAAGGACGUGCCCAACAGCCAGCUGCGCCACAUCCGGCUGGAGAACAACGACAACAAACCCGUCACCAACUCACGGGACACGCAGGAGGUGCCACUGGAGAAGGCGAAGCUGGUGCUGAAGAUCAUCGCUGGCUACAAGCACACCACCUCCAUCUUCGACGACUUCUCCCACUACGAGAAGCGCCAGGAGGAAGAGGAGGAUGUACGCAAGACCAUGCCCAUGCAUCCAGACUCUGCACCCAUCCCAAAUAGGUCUAGACUGGACCAGGAGCGCCAAAAUAGAAAUAAACAAUAGAAGACUGUUUCUCCUUUACGCUUCUUCGACAACUGUACUGAGGACUGACAUUUCUUUUGAAGAGGAACACAAGAAGAAAGAAAAACAAUUGGAAAUCAAACCAUUUAUUUUCUGUUUUUGUCCCUUAUUUAAAAUCGUGGUGAAUUUUUGGCCAGACUGAUUUUUGGUUUGACUCGCGCUCUUUUUCGCUCCAGGUACCUCUUCUUGUUGCAGGGAUCUAACAAGCUGAGUCUGUGUGAAGCCUGAAUCACACACCCCUUUUCUUUUUUUUAUUUUGCUCAGAACAUUUGUUUUUUUCCCUCUUCCUGGCUCAGUUCAAUCCCCCCCCUCCUCUUGCCUUCCGUUCCCCAAAUCAGAGAAUCAGGGUUAACGUCACCAAUGAAGCGAGUCUUAUCUACCAGACAUUGAAUCUUCCUUCUCUCUCCUCCCCUCCCUCCUCUAUGUCUAUCACGGAACUGAUUGUACUGCCCAUUACGUCCACCGUGUGGCAGUGUUGCCAUUCUCCAGAGGUUGAGCUGUGCGUGCCAACGGGGACUCAGGGUUCCUCAUCCUCAUCAUUGACUCAAACAAACAAACAAACAAACAAUCAAACAAACGAACGGGAAGAGAUCCAACGUCUCUGAUUCCAGCCCUUUUAUUCUUUUCUUUUCUGUUUGUUUUAUCGUGCUUCGAAAAAGAAAAACAAUACAAGUGUAUUUAUUUACUCUGAGCCUUAAGGUUUUAUUUUUUCCUGUACUUUGCGAUGACUCUUAUAAUUAUUGAGAAAAAAAAACAAAAGAAACUGACAUGAUCUGAGCGGUCAGGAGCAAUCAGGGACGCUGAGAGGGCAACGUUCAAAGUUCACCGACCUUUUGGACAAUUCAAGGCAAAGAAGACUGUUGUGUUCAUAGUGGGAUUUCAUGUUCAGAUCCUGGUGUUUUACAGUUGUGUUGACCCACCCUUGUGUAUGUGCGUGUGCGUUUGUUUGUAUGUUUGUGUGUGUGUGUUCCGCAUUGUGAAGACAUUGUGUGUCUUUGAGGAGAAACAAUGGUAUGUGAUCAGAAAACAAUGUUCUAUUUUAGUUGGAAAGUAUGUAGCAUACACAAAACAUAAAAAAACAUGAGAUUUUAUCGCUAGAAAAAAUUGUGAUGACUCUUUGCCAUGUUGAAUGCCUGUGUUCAUAUCUUUCUUCACUGUUAAUUAUAAAUCAGCGUUUUUCUGUUUCUGCAUUGUUAACCAACUCCCCUUCCUCUCCACACUUCGCACCAUUUUUGUGCUCUAUAUAAUUGCAAGUUUGUCCUUUUGUAACGCUUUUGCUCUAAUGUAGCUGCUUCUAGCAAUGGUGAAAGCCUUACUUGUAACCUUAAAGAAAAGAAAACAAUGUAAAUGACGUCUAACUUGGGCAAGGAUGACUAAGUGGUAGGUGGUGACACUUUGAGUUUGUUUUGUUUUUGUUUUCCUUCUUUUGGAUGGAAAAUGCUGCUAGUCCCAUGUACUGUUCAGAGUUGAUCAUAUGUGCGAUGGUUAGGGCUUGAGUUGAUUCCGAAUAGGUUAAAGCGACACUACAUCAUUUCUGGAAAUAGGCUUAGCCUACACCUCACCUUGAGUUAAAUAAUUGAGUUUUGUAUUCCUCCUGUUCUUCCAGGUGUUCGAAUUGUGAGUCGAGUGUAUCGUUGCAGUCUUAAUUGUAAUUAGGUUUGUGUCACGAUUCCUGACCUACGGUUUGAUACACCCCACAAUUGCUGAAAUGUAUCUCAUUUGAAGCUUGAAAGCAUUAUCACAUUUAUUCAUAUGGUUCUUUUCUGGACUGAAGGAUAACAAAACUUUGAAAGGGUGUAUCGCGAUACUGUCUCCUUUCAUCACGAUACAGUACCGUGACUCUGAUUAUCACAAUUUCUCGGUUAGAUCCAAUAUCGUUACAGCCCUAGUUCCAAUCAAGCAAUCAUCAUUAAUCUUAUGCGAUUCAAUUAUAUACACUGCAGUUCAAAAGUUUGGGGUCACCCUUGUUUUUCCCAGUUACUGCAAUUCAAGUUGUAGACAUCUAUUAGAUAGCUUGAAAUGGUAUGAAGCUAAGUACUGAACAGCCAAAGGUGAGACAAAGGUUUGAUUACCCAGCAAAUUGGUUAAACUGGACAGAUAAGUGAAAUCUAACCAACAUGUUUCACGAAUGUAUUACAUGCAUGUCUUAAUCCAUUUUUCUACAGACAUUUCAAAUUCAAGACAAAGAAACUGCAUGAGUUUCUAGCCAGCAGAUGGAACCUAAUGGGACCUAUUAAUAUGAAUUCACGAUCUAUUGUCUCUGCCAUGUUUCAGUUUCCAGGAUUUGUGUAGCCAGAUGAAAACAAAGGCUGGAAGAACGAUAGAAAGAUGAAACUCAAUUGUUCUAUUGAAUGGGAGGUGUAAAAUCGGCUCAUUUCCGGGAAUGGUGCAGUGUUGCUUAAAAACAGUGGCAGGGAGACUUUUUUUUUUUUUGGACUGGUAUGACAAGUGAGUUGGCUGUGACAGAUCAUUGAGAAGAGAAAAGAAGCAAGGUACCUGUUGUAAAACAAAUAGGCACCAUCAGGUUAAUAAAAGAAGUCUAUUGAG